CAGGAGGGCGUUCCGCUGAAGAAGAUACAAAUACAGUGUGCUGAAUUAUGCCGGCGUACGUGCCUAUUGGCUCAUAUUUAGAUGCUGCCAAAGCUUAGGGUUUGUCUCAGAGUCUUUUUAACCCCCAGGACCGGGCCUUCCUUGAUGUUAGCUUUCCUGGUGGCUCCACUGCCGGGGGAAAGGCGACAGAGGAGGCCAGGCUCGAAGACAUGGAGGCUAUCCGUCCUUGCAGAGGGAGUGAGCUGUAGGACGCGGUGAUUUCUCCAGAGUGUCGGCUCUCGUGUUAUGGACCCUGCCCACACUGGAGGGGAUAUGUCACCUUUGUAUGUGCCACGAAAAAGAAGAUCUGCCCAAUCACAACCUAAAAGUGGAGUGCCAUGUCCAGUUGUUCAGCGAAUGCCAGAAAGGAGCUGUGAAUUAAGUCCAUCUGGAUAUCCUAAGGAUGAAGAGUCAGAAGAUCAAGAUGCUGUAAAGAUGAAAAGAACCUACGGCAGAAAAAGGUAUGAGGAACUCCGGAGUGUUUCCAUGGAAACAGUGAAUUACCCCACCACCAGCUGCUCUGUGAUGUCAUCAGGUGGUCUGUCUAACGGGGCGGACACAGGGUCCAUGGCUCCGUCCACUGCCAGGCUCCCUCCUAGAGCGGUGUCAAAGGACAUGUGGCCCCAAGGCAGGGAUCAGCCCCAAUCUCAGGACCAGAGCUGGAACUCCAGCAGGGACCGAGGCCCCGACGCCUGGUCCCCGGGAAGAGACCGAGGUCAGGACCAGGUGUGGAGCUCAGGCAGAGAAACAGCGGGACACUCUGGCGAGGACCAGCCAUGGAUCCCAGACGGGGACAGGGCCCACUCUGGACCAGACCAGGGGUGGAUGACGGGCAGGGACAGAGGACCAGAGCAGGGCUGGGCAGCCGGCAGAGACAGAGGCCAGGAUGAGACCUGGAACGCAGGCAGGGAUCCAGGGAGAGAGCAGAUCUCGUCAGGCCCAGACCAGGCAUGGGGAACAGGCCAAAACCAGGAUGCAGAGUGGAGCAGGGACAGAGGACACGUCUGGAGACCAGAUUUGAACAUGAAGAAAGUCCACAGAGGUGAGAUGGACAGAAGCCAGCCUGCUAAUAACUUCUCAACUCCACCAGAGGGCAGAAACUCAUGUUCAGAUGCAGCCAGUGUUGGAGAAGCCUCGACAGCCCAACCCAUCGAGGACCAGAAGCCCCCCAUCAUCAUUUCCACCAAGAAGGAGCCUCCUACCUACCCUCCAGGUAGUCAAGAGGAGCGUUGGCAGCUCCAGAUUGUGGCCAAAGGUCGAGUCACCUGUCCAAAAUGUAAAAGCGUGAGCAGGAAGACAGUGGAGGGGUUGAAGAAGCACAUGGAGAACUGCAGACUGCAACCGUUCACCUGUCAACACUGUGGGAAACAGCUCAAGUCUUCUACGGGGAUGAAGUAUCACAUCUUGGCUGACCACAGCCAUCUGCCCUCAGCUGAUGAUGGAAAGGACCUGGAUGAUCGUGCCAUCAAAGACAAACUGCGUAAAAUCCUGAAGAGACUGGGCAAAUUAAAAUGCUCUAAAGAGGGCUGUAAUGCUGCGUUCACCAGCAUCAUGGGCUAUGUUUACCAUAUGAAGAAGUGUGGGAAGGAGGAGUCUGAGCUGGAGAAAAUGCUGCUGAACUGUUCACACUGUGGAAAAACCUACAGAUCAAAGGCUGGUCUGGAGUAUCACCUGAAAUCAGAGCACGCUCCUACGCCCCUGAAGACCGAGGAUGAUGAUGCCCUGAAGGCCAAGAGUGAGUCCAACCCAGAGAGGACGGCAAGCGGCAGAGUACAGCGGGCAUCGGCUCAGGUGGCAAACUUCCAUCUGGCUGAGAUCGCCAACAACGAGCUGCCGAAAGACUGGCCCAAGAGGAAGUUUCAGUCCGACCUGGUGCCAGAUGACAAAAAGUUGAAAUAUUCCCGCCCCGGCCUUCCCGCUUUCAGCCAAGAAGUGCUAAGGAAGUGGAAGAACGAGGUGAAGCUGCAGAGGAAAGUCCACUGUCCCAACCAGGGAUGUAACUGCACCUACACGAGUGUGUCUGGACUAAAAGCUCAUCUAGGACUCUGCACAAGGGGUGAUUUUGAAGCUGGCAAGUACAGAUGUCUGAUCUGCAACAAGGAGUUUAACUCUGAAAGUGGAGUCAAAUACCACAUCAACUCUGUCCAUUCACAGGACUGGUUUGUGACCAACAAAAAAGCCUCAAAGAAGUUUGAGAAGUUCCUCAAAAGUCAGCCCAAGGAGUUUGUCCAUAACGUGGAGAAGCAGAACAUGGAACAGUACCACCACAACCACUUUCAACAUCAUCAUCAUCAUCAUCAUCAGCAUCACCAACACCAUCAGCAUCAUCAUCAUCAUCAUCAGCAGCCGCAGCAUCAGCUCCAACACCCACCCCAGCACCUGCAGCACCCUCUGCAACCUCUGCACCAUCUCCAGCACCAAACCCAGUUCCUCCAUCCAGAGCACCAGAACCUCCCUCCACAUGUGGACACCCAGCUCCAGCAACCUGUGCUACAAUACACUCCUUUAGAGCCUCCGCCCGUCGGAGGACCCCUGUGGGUGGAUAUGGACCGGAGAGACGACAUGCCAGGGUUGGAGCAAGCGCCGAUCGAAAUGGAAAUGGACGUGAAACCCAUAGGGCUCAACAGUGGCAUGGUGGAGGAGAAAAGGAGAGAGAAAGAGGAGAGGAGGAAGGUUGACGUGAAGCAGAAGGAUUGCUUCGCUUUCGGUAGCAGUGAAGGCAGCGAAUCGGAAGUGGAGCAGCAGGACAGGCAGAGACAAAUCGACCAGUGGAAUCUGAAACGACCAAGCAUCAUGGAGCCGCUCCCUGAUGGUGAAAAACGACAGAGAAACACUUAAAAACAACACUUUCCUUAACAUGCACCUGAUUGGAUUCUAACAGAGAUGGAAGAACAAAACACCGUUUUUCUCCUAGGUGUGAAGAAAACAAACGUGUGUCUCUUGAGAUGGCAGCUGGAGGUUACAACAUGUAUCUUUGAAAAGUAGAUGAAGCAUUUAUACAACAAUGGAUACCUUAAAAGAACCUCAAAGGCGUCAGCGUGGGUAUAAAACUGUGUAAACGUCUGGUUUCGUCUUAAAAUGGUCGUUCUUGUAUAGCCUUGAGAAACGUAGUAAACUGUUUAUCCGUGUUUAUCUGUAAAAGAUUCUUUUCACCAACUUUAAAUGUGUCUUAUCGGUUAAAACGUUUGAUAAACCUUCAUGUUUGUCAUAUUUAACAUAAAGGGAAAAGGUUACUUUAACUUUAAGAGACAGUGCUACAGUGUAGUAUUCUGUUAGACAUGGCUAGUCGCUUUCUACAAAGAUUUUGUGCCUCUUAAGUAUUAUCUGUAGGGCUUCAUACUUCUUAUCACUUUUACUUGCAGCUUUUCAGGUCAAAAAGGAUUGAUAUUCACUGGUCUGGAUUCCCAUCAUCUUGUCCUUUUCUGUGCCAUAUUUGUAAAAAGUAUGACAGAACCUACUUUUCUGACUUUUAUAAUCAGAACUUUUAGUCAAGUAAAGGCAAUGCAAAACUACACAACAUUACAGAUGGUCGUAUACUGAUAAACAGUUCUGCAACAGAUUAACACCAUAGGUCCUUGUAACCCUGAACUCUAAACCCAAGCCUACAUAGGCCUCAGAAUGAUGCAAACGAUGCAGACUGCAGACCCCUUGUCCUGUCUGAUGGGUAGUACUUGUGAUGGCCAGAAUCUGAGUAACGUCAUUGUUAGGUCUGUUUUUAAGUUGCAUUAUAGCAACAAAACAUUAACAGACUUGACAUGCUAUCCAAAUCUCCAUCAAACUGCAAGAGAUUCUUGAAGACAUUUUGCCCCUCCUCCAAAAGGCUUCUUCAGUUCUAAUGUGACAGCAGCAGCAGUUGCAUGGUUCUUGAAGGGACCUUUUGAGUUCCAAAUCAUUUCCUGAUCAUGUCCAGGGGAGAAGGAGUGGCAAAGGAGUAAGUCAGUUAUGUCACCUUCAGUCAAAGUUCACAAUCACCCCAAUUAGUAGACCUACUUUUUCUGUUAAUUUUUAAAUAUUUCUAAUGUUUUUAUUUUCUGCGUUAUAUUUCUUAGAAAUAUGAUGUGCCUCUUGUCUGAAAUUAAAUUAAAAUAAGCCUUGUGUGUGAAACACAUCCAUCUGGCAUGGCAGGUUAAAAAAAACUUCAUUGUCAAUUAAAAUAAAUUAAAAAGAUGAUUUACAACAAAAGGCAAAAAGGAGACUAAAGUGACUGAGGCAAAAACUGUGUUUCUUUUCUUAGCAUCUCUCUCAAACCAGCAAUCUUCUCUGGCUAGUAUCCAAACUCUGCUUUCCUUAAAGGAAUGCCCUGUAUCCUUAGAUGUAAGUGACCAGAUCCUGUGUUGGUCCAUGUACCUGUGCCAGGAUGGCCCAACACAGGACAGCCAACUCAGCUGGUUCACAGGACCUAACAUCAUGCAGGAGGACACAUCCUCAGGUGAAACUGGGUCAACGACUCUCAGGUGAUCACCCAGAUGAGGGUGGUUAACAGAGGCUAUAAACUCCAACUUUGACCCCAGUCACAUUAGAACUGAAGAAGCCUUAUGGAGGAGAGGCAGAAUGUCUUCAUGAACAUCAGUCUAGUCUAGGUGCCCCUUUAAUGAAGAUUUGGAUAACAGUUACCUGGAUGAAUGGGAACCUACACGGGCAAUAUAGUGACAUAUUUUCAUAAGGGAUGCACAAUAUUACUGGCGUGAUAUCUAUCAGUAGAUAUUAGCUUAAAAAGUCAACUGGCAGACAGGAAAAUCUCUGCAGAUAUUUACAGCCAAUGUCUCAUUCCUUAAACUUUUGAACACAGUACAAGGUCUGAAGUUUUAAGCCUGAACACCAUUUAUACAUCUGUAUCAAUAUUUAUGCUUAAAUGAAUUUGUAAAUAUGGGUAUAUCAGAUAUCAAAGCUGCAAAACUGUGCAUCCCUAAAGGUCAGUAUUGAAAAGUUCUGUCUUAUAUAUGAAAAAAAUGGAAGAUUAGGAUUGUGGGUAUCUUGAGCCGCUGUUGCUAACACACCAUGCACACCUUUAAUUUACAGUAAAGUAAAAAAAAAAAAUUAAGGUCACUGUGAUGCACUGAAAAUCCUUGGCCUGGGAAAAAGUUUGUUAAACUGGAAGUGGCUGAUUUGUGGGUCAGUACAGCUAAAGAGGGUCUCAAUCUCUCUAUUUUGUCUUUUACAGGUUAUUACAGAUUGUGGGAUUUUUUUUUUUUUUUUUUUUACAAAAAUGUUUAGCCUGCAGAAUGAUGGUACUCAUGGGUGUUUCUCAACAAUUAGAAUAUCAUAUAAAAGCUAUUUUUUCCUGUGAUUUACUUCCAAAAUGUAAACUUUUAGAAAUUCUAGAUUCAUCGCAUACAAAGUGAAAUAUUCCAAGACUUUUUGUUGUAAUCUUGAUGAUUACAGCGUACAGCUCAUGAAAAUCAAAAAUCCACCAUCUAAUAGCCACAACUAUUCAGCCACAUCCACUACCUGAUAGGGGCAUGGUCAGGGGCGGAGUCAGAUAGCUCGUUAACAUUGAAAGCCACAGAAACAGCUUGUUCUGAGCAGGGCUGAAACAGAGGGUGUUUUAGACAAAAAAUAUCCAAUACUGGAGUGUUUUUUCAGCAACAAGCUUCACAGACAUGUUUUGGGGACCUCUGAGACCAAGAUAAACUUAUCUUAAAGGGGUAAAAUAUGUGACCUUUAAGGACUGUUGCAGGCAAAUCACCUUUCAUACAAAGCCUUGGUUCUCAGCUUGUGGAUUAUGGUCCCAAAAGUAAAGUCUUUUUCAGUGGGAUGCAAAUGUGUGCCUGGAAAAAAUAUGAGGCCAAAUGUCUACGACGUGCUAAUUUUGAAGGACACUUCUCCAUUUCAUUGUCCUGUCAAGUCUUCCGUUCAAUCUCUCAAGUCCAAACUUUCCCAUUUCUCAUUAAAAACAGUAUUAUGUUGAAAAUUUUCAGAAAUGUAGGUGUACAAGAAGGUUCUGCUGGGGCCCGACUGUAGGCUGAUUGAGAACCACUGAUAUAAAGCAAUGAAGUGAAUCCACUGUGUUAGAAGUUAAAGCAUUUGCUGGCAAAACAUUUUCUAAGUACAAAUCAAUCAUUUACAACCUGUUUUUCUUCAGUGUUUUAAAGCUAUACAAUUUUAACUCAGAGUAAGGAAAACUAACACAUAAAACAUUUAACAUGUAGGGAGGAUGUGUUUUAUUUCUCCUAAAACUAAGAAUUAGUUUUUGAGUUUGUUGAAGGAUAUUAUCUGAUAGCAUGUAGCCUGAUAUUUAUGUACUCUGCAUUUUGUAUGUUAAAAAGUGCUGUAAGGUCACGGAUGGUCGUCUCUUUGUGGUGUUUUAACACUUUUGUAGACUUGAUUUUUACUGUUCUGGCAUUAAUGAGUGUAUUUGUUGGCUUAUUUAUGCUUAUGUUGUCAAAAAUGAUAUUGUUAUCGUUAAUUUCAUUUGAGAAAUAUUUGAAUCUGCCUUUUACAGUCCAUGUAAAAAUAUUCCAUUUGAGUUAUUUUCUGCUGUUUAUGUUUCUAAGUGCUAUUCCCUUCACGGCCCUUCAUCAGAUGCCUUUCACAAUAAGAGCCGUUGUUGUUCAGGUUUAAAAAAAAAUUCCUCUCCGAACAUGGGAGGUAUUUAAAAAAGUAUGAAUUUAGAUUACUGAACAUGGAGAAUUCUCUCUUAGUCAUAUUUUCUGGGUUAAAUGGUGGUGUUUGACCUACAGCUUCAACAAUCGCUGGAUUUACCAACUGGAUGAUCAAAAUGAAGCACUGUAAACCUUUAAGUAAAAGCCCAUCCAAAUUUAAGGCCUAGUCUCUUCUGCUAUCCUGGCUUUAGUGGAAACAAUAACAGGUCUCAAAGCGAAGUUGUCCACACCUUUUUCAUUGUAUUUGUAAUGUUUGAGCUUCCUGCCAUGGGCAUAUGGUCCUUUAGAGGCCUUUUACACUUACUCUUGCAAUUGUUUGCAGAUCAGUAUCCUAGUUUUGUACACAGUUAAGAAUUCUCUCUUGUGUAUGUUACAAUUUCAUAGUCUCUUCUAGCUUUUUGUGGAAAACAUAUGCAUUCAGAACAAGUGCUAAUGGGACUCCUUGGGCUUUUGCAGCCAGUCUCUAGUGGUCACUCGAGGUACUGCAGGAUUUUUCUGUUCUGCACUGGCCUCAUUUUGGAAAUCUUAUUAUUCUGAGUGGGUUAUUCAUCAGGCAAACAAGGCAAAGAUGAUAAAAAUGUCUGAAAUUUAAAUUUUAUUUUGUACAACCUCAGGUCCAAAAAUGUUGGGGCACUGUAUAAAUGUAAAUCAACAGACUGCAAUGACUUUUAAAUCAAAUUAAACCCAUAUUUUAUUCAUAAUAUAACAUAAUCCACAUAUUAGGUGUUGAAAUGGAAUCAUUUUACCAUUUCAUGAAAAAUAUUAGCUCACUUAGAAUUUAUGGCAGCAACACAUCUCAAAAAAGUUGGGAUGGGGCCAUUGUGUAGCAUCCCCUCUUCUUCUAACAAAUGGAAACAUCUGGGAAGUGAGCAGGCCAGUUGCUAAAGUUUUGGGAGAGGAAAUUGUCCCAUUUUAGUCUGAUGUAGGAUUCAAGUUGCUCAACAGUCCUAGGUCUUCUUUGCCUGAUUUUUUUGUUUCAUAAUGCUCCAUAUGUUUCUAUUAGUGAAAGGUCAGUUCAGGACCCAAACUCUUCCAUAGUGAGGCCAUGCUCCAUCUACCUUACAGCAUUGAUUGUUCCUUUCCAGAUGCAUAAGGUGCUCAUACCAUCAGAGAUGCAGGCUUUUGAACUGUGCACUGAUAGUAAGCUGGAUGGACCUUCUCGUUUUUAGUCUGCAGGACACAGCAUCUGUGGUUUCUAAAAAGAAUUUCAAAUUUUGAAUCAUCUGACCACAGAACAGUUUUCCAUUUUGCUUCAGUCCAUUUCUGACGGUGGCAUUUCUGGUUUGCCUUCACAUAUGGUUUCUUCUUUGCGUACAGCUUUAACUUGCAUUAGUGGACAGCAUGGCAAACCAUGUUAACCGACAAUGAUUUCUGAUUUCCACUGCAAGAUCACCAGCAUCCAGCAUUGACCUUUGGUCUUGUCCCUUGGCACAGAGAUUUCUCCAGAUUCUCUGAAAUGUUUUGAUGAUGAGGAACAUUUUUCUGCCCAUCUUUACUUCUGAGGGACUCUGCCUCUCUAAAAUGCUGCUUUUAUACCCAGUUAUGUUACUGACCCAUUGCUUAUUCACAUAAUUAGUUGCAAAAUGCUUCUCCAUGUGUUUUUAUUAGUACCGGUUCCCUUUCCAGCCUUUUGUUGCCCUGUCCCUACUUUUUUGAGAUGUGUUGCUGCUGUUAAAUUCAAAAUGAGCUGUUAAAAUGGUUCAGUUUAAACAUCAGAUAUGUUUGCAUUCCCUUUUUUAUUUUAACUUUACAAAGCGCCCCAGCUUUUUUGCAAUUGUGGUUAUAUAGCAACUCUGGUGAUUUCCAUCUUCCACACAGCUUGACAUGCGUGAACUUUCACGUUCUUGUUAAAUUUUCCUUGCUGUUGAAAUACUCUCCACGUCUUCUUACGCUUGUGACCAAAUCUGAAUCACCAUGCAUGCACUUUGAUCAGUUUAAUGGCACGAAUGAAGGAAAGCAUCUCUGAGCAUUUUAACACUUUAUUAGUGUUAAAUAAGGCAGCCCAUGACUGAAACUUUUAUUUUUGACAUACGGUACACUUUCAAGGUUUGUACAUGUUUCCAGUGUCAUUUGCACCUUAUCUUCCAGUUGUCUUAUCUACAGUAGCAUUUCAGCAUCUCAAUACUGGAGCACGGCUAAUUAAGCAAAAAUUGCUGAAAUAGAAAGCCUGUAAUACUUUAAUUUUUGUUUUUUUUUAGUGCCAAUAGAAGAGUAUUAACUUACAGUAAGCAAUGCAUCCAACAUAACCAGCUUGUGUUGUUGAGUAUGACCCUUAAAAAGUUCAGUUUUAUGAUAAAGGGAACACGUGUAAGGCAUCUAAAUGUUGGUCAAAUCUUGCUUAAAAGGUUUUAAGUUGGUGUUGUAUUUUAGAAAAGGUUUCGUCCAGUAGCCAUGUAACUAGAUACAAGGCUAAACUUUUAUGCUGAACAUGAAGGAUGUGUUGUCAGAGUGAAGAAGCCUUGUAAAAUGAAUUAAGGAUGGAAAACUGUUUUCAUGUCUUGUGCCCCUAAACAUAAAAAUAUACAGUUUAUAUAAUAUAGACCAGAUUUGAAUAAAGGCUCAGUUAUUAGUCUUUAAAAACAUUUAGAAAUCACCAAAUUUUCCAUCUAUGGGAUAUUAUUUCUAUUAAGAUGAAAUAGACAUUAUAACAGCCAAGUCUGUACGUUUAAUAUGUUGUUUUUUAGGAGUUAUGUGCUGCUAUUUCAUAGGACCAGCAGUGUUAUAAUCACAGGAUAUUAAAAGUUUAAUUCAUUGACUAUUAGGCUCUGCGUCCUUAAUAUCAGAAGUCAUUCAGUCUUUUGGUUGUAAAGCACAUUUAAACUAAAAUAUCACACUAACUGCUUAAAGAAUAAUAAUAAAAAGGCUCAAAAGGUGUAAUGUUGGAAGAUAUUGUUAGGUUGAGUAAAGGAGUGAAUGCACUUUUACCAAAUUUUUGUGUCAUUUGGUUUUAGUUGGUAAUAAUCCUUAACAAAAAGGCAAGAAAGAAUAAAAUAGAUGCUAAAUUAGUAUG